CUAUCUAUAUAUUAUAGUAGAGUAGUAGCUGAUUGUUCAAUCGACAAGUGGUGCGCCGAGUGAUUGACACGUGGACGACACCAAAAUACGUAGUGUCAUAUGUAUUGAACCUGAAAUGAAUAAAAAAUAAUAGUUAUUAGGGUGGCAAAAACAGGCAUUUUAUGUCUUUGAGAUUCAAAAUUCACUAUAUAAAAGAGCAUGCAUCUAAUGUUCAUACGUCUAUCUUUCUACACAUCACUUCUUCCAGUUUGAAAAAGUGUCAAAGGCUAGCUGAUUGUAGUGGUUUUCCGUUUAUCAAACUAACCAUGGCUGAAUCGUUUGAUAUGUUGAUGGACGUCAGUCCGAAAAAACUUGCAUGGAACUUCUUGGUCUAUGUUGUUCGUUUGUGGGAAGCUCCUAGCCGGUACAAUCCUAAAGAGAUCAAUAGCAUUGAAAUGGUUCUUCAAGAUAGUCAGGGAGGGAGGAUCCAAGCUUCGGUCCCUAAGGCGUUGGUACGUAGAUGGAAUGAUAACCUUGCUGAGUUCAAGAUGUAUAAAAUGUCAAAUUUCAUUGUUGUAGACAAGAGGGAGAAAACCAAGACAACUAUGAAUCGGUGGACCUUAAACUUCUCUCACCGAACUGUGGUGCUCUUGGUGGAGAAUCCAACUUUCCCACUUCAAGCGUUUCGAUUAACGCAAAUUUCAGAGUUGUUGAAUGCUGACAGGAUCGAUGACUCUCAAUUAGUAGAUAUUAUGGGUAAAGUGGUUGGAAAGGAAGAUCCCAGGGAACUCAUCACAAGCAAAGGGAAGGAAACGAAGUGUCUAGCUAUUUUGGUUGAAGAUCUUGAUAAUUAUCGUAUUGGGUGUGUGUUGUUUGGGGACAUGGUUGAUCAAAUACUACCAUACCUAGAUGAUGGAAGAGUUGAGCCAUUGAUAGUGGUCCUGCAGUUCUUCCGACCGAGUAGAUGGAAUGAGAAAACCUCAGUACAGAGUCAUUUCGACGUUUCUAAGCUACGCAUCAAUCCCGAUCUCGAUGAGGUUCGCGACUUCCGUGACAGGAGGCUUGCCGCUAUACCCUCAAAUUUGGUCAGAAUUAGUCAAGUCAACACAAACAACUCACAUUCUGGGGCAGAUGAACUUAAGCGGGGAGAUGUGACGGUGAACACAAUAGAGGAAGCACUAAACUCAACACAGGAAGGCCCUUUGUGGAUUGCUGGAACAGUUGUGGCAAUCAAUUCUGGCAAGGAUGAUUGGUUUUACAAAUCAUGUAAGAAGUGUCCGAAGAAGAUUGAAACACCAAUUGGAAAUAGAUACGAGUGUGGAAAGUGUGGCCACACUCACGGAAGUGCAUCACUAAGGUUUAAGGUUGAGGUGAUGGCCUAUGAUGGCACUGGUAGCAUAACACUGCUUCUAUGGGAUCGAGAAACAGUUCAACUAUGUGGUAGACAAGCAGAACAGAUCAAGGAUGAGGAGGAACUUUAUGCUGAAGGAUACCCUGCAGCUCUUGAGAGCCUUUUAGAAAGAAAACUGCUUUUUAAGGUGAAUGUCAAAUCCUCCAACAUCAAGCUCUAUGACCAGGUGUAUACAGUGAUGAAGGUCUGCGAGGAUGAUACAAUUUUUGAAAUGCAUCUCCCAAAUAAAACGUUCUCCACUGUAACUGAAUAUCUCCAAUAUGGUUGUAGGAUACUGGGUGCAGUAACUCGGUGGAUUUGUCAGCAGCUAUGGUUAAUAUCAACAAUCUUAGUGAUUCUCAAUAUUCUGUGGAUGUUGUGGAGGAUAGUGUUACAAGCCUCAAGUGCAAAACCCCAGCAAAAAUAGCUACCAUAGUUUUAAACCAACAAAUUCCCAUCAACAUUGAGAAUGAAGAAGAACUGGGGUUUUCAACCAACAAACUUACCCGCAAUCGUGGAAAGAGACAGAAGAUGCAAGUUCAUGAUAAUAAUGAAUGAGCUUUAUGAAAUACUUAUUUCAGAGAUAUCUAUAAACAGUGUUUUGCUUAGCUAUUAUUGUCUCCAUGUUUUGAUAAUGGUCUUAUUAGGGUUAUUUAUAUGUAACUAAAAUUAGUAAUGAGGAGUUAGAGUCUUAACAAUAGAGAUAUUGAUUAAGAGAGGAACUAUAUGUUUUAAUGGUAUGUAAUGACAACUCAGGCACUGGAUUUUUCUUCA